AUGAGAGACUCGAGAUGGCUCAAUAAGAGGGCAUGGGAUUACCUUAAUGAGUUUCAACAGUCACAAGACCAGUUGAAUCCCCAGCUGCCACGAUUGAAUACAAACACCUGGGUUGCCCCUACGGAUCCGGUCUACAAGCUGAAUUUUGAUGCCGCAAUCUUCAAGGAGUUGAACUGCUCUGGAGUUGGAGUAAUAAUACGGAACGCGAAUGGAGAGGUCAUGGCAGCCAUGUCUGCAAAAGGACCGCCGGUUGAGGACAGUGAAGUGGCAGAAACGCUGGCUUGUCGAAAGGCAAUGGAGUUUGCAAUUGAUGCAGGUUUUUCGGAGUUGCUCAUCGAGGGAGACAACGUGGUUGUGAUGUCCUCACUUUCACAUGGUGGAACUAACUUGUCUCGGCUUGGUCUCAUUGUCCAGGAUAUCCAGUGGCUUGCAACAGGACUUCGAUGGGCUCAGUUUAGUCAUGUGAAGCGAAGUGCUAACUCAGUGGCACACGUACUUGCUAGGUAUGCUAAAAAUGUAGUUGAGGAAAAGAUAUGGUUGGAGGAAACUCCACCACCUGUUGUAGAAGCCCUAUAUUUGGAUUAUUUACAUUAA